AAAUUAAAUGUUAUAUACAUUUCGCUUUCCAUUUCUUUAAGUUUUGGCUGGUACCAGUUGGACGUCAUCUUACUAGGUAACCAGGCAACAUUGUAGGUCCCUUCAAGAGGACUGAGUAAUAUAACUUUGGCAUUAUAAUCCUAUCAUGAUACUCUCUUCUGUGCCUCUAAAGGCCUCCGUAUGCUGAUUUGUCUGCACAUAAAGUUUAAGACACAUAAAAUGAGAUGCCGAGAGCUGAGGUUACUUCUGCGAAUAGAGGACGCCAUGUUUACGUCCUCAAGAAAAGACUUUACAAAACCGGUUUCCUCGUAUUAAUUACCAUAAGCUUUAUCUACACCUGGUUGACAUGGGAGCCAUGGUCACUAUGGCAACAAGAAACUACUGUGGUUACUUUAAAAGAGGACUGGGCGUUGGAUUUGGCUGAUAAGGAUGCGAUCAACAAAAGAGCGUUCGAGUUUCAUUGGUGUCGCAUGCAAAGAUCAAGACUUGACUGGAAAGGAAUUAUGGCGCCGUGUUCUGGAAACACACAUUGGGGAAAGGUUCCUCCACACUGGAGAGACAACCCUGUUACAGACCCUGAAACAAGCUACCUCUUUAAGUGGGACAUCAACCCUGCUGGAGGAUUCAGCCGAUUUUUUAUCCAAUCACAGACGUCGGAAGGAAUUCCGAAGCUGAUUGGUGGAGAUGCCUGGCGAGUGCAUCUGAUAGGACCAGCGUACAUUGCACCUACUGUUAUUGAUCAUAGAAACGGUUCAUAUGAAGUUUUGUUUCUUCCUAUGGAGCAUGGAGUAUAUCGGGCUGAGAUUAUGUUGGAUUAUUCUCUGUGCAAUGGACUGAGGGAUCCUCCUGUUGAUUGGUUUAUCAAAGGCAAUGCACAAGGUAAAGGUCAGCGGUAUCCUGAAGUAGACAAAAACCGAGAUUAUCUACUUGCUCAGUUGUGGGGGAACACUACCCCAGUGGAUAUUACAAUACCACCCCCAGAAGAAGGUGCUAAUACAAUGAUUAAACAAAGUAUCCUAGCCAGUGAAGCCAAGUGUAACAUUGGUUGUAACUUAUUAUGGGAUGGAUUUGGUAGAUGGAUCGGAAGCACAUGGCAGCCUUACAUUACGAAUGUGCCCCCAUUCCGCAGCCCUCGCUUCAGGCAAGGUACCUUCUGUUCCUAUGGCGACUCGGUCAGCGAUUUUUUUGCGAUGUCGCUCAGAUACCGCAAAAUUUGUCGAGGCGUCUUUAGAUACUGCAUUGGAAAAUACAACUGGAUUUAUCCUAUCGUGAACUACACCAUCGACAAGACCAAAACUGAUGACUUGGACUUUGAUGUGGAGAGAAUUUUGGAUUCCGUGCGUGAGGUGCUUAGAAACGAUACUGUGAUGAACCACGAGAGCGUAUUUCUCAUCAAUUGUGGACUUCAUUACGUUGAAAGUGUGAAUUUUACGAGCUAUCAACAGUUAAUUAACGGAUUAAUAAAAGUCUUCAAAGAAACAUAUCUGGAUCGCUCGACCAAUCGUAUUAGGCCUUUCUACGAAGGGCGUAUCAUUUGGAAAACCACGACUGCAAUUAACAAGCAAAGAGCGACGAACAUUCAACUGGGUCGUCGUCGUUUCUUGACAUUUCAGCGUGUUUUACUAUACAAUGCCUAUGCUUCGUGGGCCAUGUGUAAAGCAGGAAUCUUUAUCCUCGAUGUCUAUCCAAUAUCUGAUUCUUACCCGUGGGGGACUGGUACUCAUGGUAGUCGGAUACCGGCGCCUAACGACGUAGUACAUUACAGCAACCUUGCCUUCAAGCCAGCAGAAGAUCUACUAGAAAGCAUGUUUGAACCUUAAUGAAUAUCGUACAAUCCUAAAAUUGAUUGUGAACACAUGUGGCACCCAUUUUGAUCAGUAAACAAUUAUUGGUCAAGUAUCUUGAUUUAUAAAAUAAAUCAAAU